AUGGCCUCAAAAUCAACGCAAUUCACGGUCGACGUCGAAAACACGAGGCACGUCUCGAUUAACAUCGAUUCGUGCAAACAGUUGUGCGAGGAUGCGUUUUUGUCGUCCUUAACGUCGUCAUCAAUGUCCGCGGAAAAGAAAAAGUUUUCCGAUUUUGUCUCCUUGAUACGCGGGAUCGUCCACCACGAACACCAAACGAAAAGAGACGCUUUACGCAAAGGAUUCGACGCCAGCGCCGGCUUAAUGCCGAAACGAAGAAAGGAGUCUUUGAAGAGCGACGCAAAAAGUCCAACCGAACACGAACGGUUAAGUGUACAGUUCGUGACGCAAUUUUGCCAGAUGAUGGCGACGGCGGAGUACACGUUGUUGAGCGCGACCGAGUGGGACUUAGCCAUGGAGGAAGAUUUCAUGUUUCGCUUACCCAUGACAAUCGAUUGGGCGAAAGGAGGAUACGACGUGAGUUUGUUGAAAGAGUUUUUAAAGAAAAAUCCAGAGCUGAAGGUUGGGCUGCCGACAUUUUCCGAACGCGUUUUACUGUUCAAGAGAGGGGUGACGACGAGCACGCACGGCGAUUUGUUCAUCGCGGAAAAGAUUGAUUUGUUGCUGGAGUACGCGUUGAAAAGGCCGGUUGGGAAGGUGUUGAGGAAAGCGUUCGGUUUGGGUUUUGGGUCGUCGUCUUCGAAAGGCGAGGAAUCUGCGACCGCGGCGGGCGGUCCGGGAAGGAGCGGAGGGAAGAGAAAGGUUUCGAAAAUUGAACGGAAAACGCUUCGAAGGCUCAUGCCAACAAUCGCGUCCGUGUUGAAAAACGUCCACAAAAAGCUCGAGUUGAGCGAGCCGACGUUUAAGGAGGUCAUUUUGUUAUACAGAGAAGAUAAAAUCGAUGCCGCGGAGGCGCAGUUUUUGAACGUUCCGUCCGGCGCUGGACCUUUGCGUCUGAAAUCGUUUCAAAACGUUCCGAUGGCGGAUUUGGAGAUGGUUUUUCCGGGCGUAAAAAUAUGCGCAAAGUUUAUCGAUUACUUGACGAAUGGUAUCACCAUGGUGCUCGUUCUCUUUUCGUUGAUUUGGGCGUUCAUAACCGGCGAAGCGUUGUCGGAACGAGCGAUGCAGUUGUUAACCGUUGCCGGCGGGAAAUUAUCCGCCUCGUGGGCGAACAUUCAAAAAUCCAAGGCAAACUACGCGGCGCAAAUGAGUAAAGAGGUUAUGAAGAAGAUGGAUUCGAGUGGCUUCGCGGUGUUAGCGUCGGUGUCGACGGAUAUGGAAGAACAAGAGACGAAAGAGAUGAUUUUGGCGUACGCGGCGAUGCGAGGGAAUAAAUCCGGGAUGACCAUAGAGGAGUUAGACGAUCGAUUGGAACAAGCGCUGGUGGAUGCUUUCGGCAUCGCGGUAGAUUUUGACGUGCACGGAAGCGUAAAAAAGUUGGUCGAGGAAGGGUUAGCGUCCAAGAUUCCCGGCGAUAGCGGGAUGUACCAAGUCGUGCCUAUUGAGAAAGCACUCAAGAAGCUCGAUAAAAAAUGGGACGCGUUGUUUGAGUAUUCCUCCUCUUCGAAAGGAGGAGGAGCGGGUUCGUCGGAUAAGAGCGUCCUCGAUGCCAACGCGGAAGAGGAUCCGUCAAAGAUGGAACGAGAUUUGUUGUUGCAACUCGCCAACGCGGACACGGAAAGAGGUAAAGAGGCUUUGAAAUUGACGAAGAAGAUGGAUGAGUUGAACGAAAAAAUCGCCGACGCGAGCGGGAGCUUACGAAAGGUGAAUUGGAGGUACUCUUAA